AUGGCAAAGCAGAUCGGGGCGUUCACGUGAGUCCCUGCCGUAAUAACUUUUAACGGCAGCCUUGAAUUGGGAGGGCCAUGUGCUCCAGAUUAAUGAGCAGUGUGCCAAACGCCAAAACUAAAAGCUAACCAAACACGAAAGCGAAGCAAACCAGAAUACAGCAUGGCAAAAUCACAGAAAAGCACGACUUUCUUUCUUUUACUAAGUUAUUCAUUUAACAAUCAAUCUUUUUUGUGAGUUGAAGUGUUUUAGAAACUCUCUUCCGGUACUAUAAAAUCCUCACUUCACGGCAAAAACCUACAGCAAAUCGUUACGGUACCAUUUUAAAGUCUGGUUCAGAGCAGCUUCAACAGAUCUCGGCGGUGCUGAAAAUGCUGGGUGAAUGCAUGUCUGCAACAUUGUGAAAAGGUUUUCCUUAUUUCAGCAACUCAGAUUUGUUUAUUUGAGCGGGCGGAGAUUUGUUUGUUUAGUCGGCUGAAGGUUUUAUGGAUCAUGAAGUUUUUCUCGUCAGGCCUGCGGGAACAAGCGGGCGUCCGCAAAAAGGCGUUAGUCGAAUUCUGAACGUGUUAGAUGAGGGAAUCUCUAUAUCUGGAGUUCUGCCCUCACUUAAACAGAGUCCCGCAGUGUAUAGCUUUGAACGGAUUUCUAGGGUUUUGCCUUCCACAGCAGAUCAAAAUGAGCUUAGAAUUGAUGUUAUUGGGAGCUUCAACAAGGCAGAUGAAAAUCUCAGGCUGUGCUGCGACUCAAGAACGGCUUUGCUGACUACACUUUUGAACAAGCUUGACGAUGUGAAUGGCAUUGGGACAGAUUAUAUUCUUAAGAAACAUAGCAAUCAACGUGGUGGAUUGACUGAGAUGAUCUUUCGAGUUCGAAGUGCUUCAAUUGUUAAAAUGAUGAGCAUUGGAGUUAGACAAGAAAGACGUAAGGUUAGUCCGGCAAAAAAAUUUAACUUUCAGGACAUUGUAAAAAUGGAAAUAGUUGCUGAUGAUGAGCACGUGUUGCUGUUGUACUUCAAAUCUAGAGUGAUGAGACUAUCGUUGAGGGAUUCCUUGCCAUUUCUUGAAGAAAUUCAAACAAAUAUGAAGACAUAUUUGAAUAAAGACUUGGAGAUUGGGAAGAUAGCGACAAAUACAAUGAUUGAAAACAUUUCCGCUUAUCUAAGAAAGUGGAGGGAGUACCCAGUCCUAUAUGAGUUUGAAGUUUUGAAAAGCUUGGAUGCUAAGAAGCAAGUGCGCAAAAGAAUAUUGUCUCUGACAAGUGAUCAUUUCAUUGAGAGGUCAAAUGAUGAUGUUAUUGCAGUUCAUAGCUUGGAUGAUGUAAUGGGUCUUAUUGUGUCAGUAGAAAUCCCUAACGCAGUUAUAAUUGAGCUGAAAUUUUGGCGACCAACCCAGUAUUUUGUAGAAGACAGAGAUAACUUUAUUUCCAGCAUUGCUGUUUUGAUGGAUUCAAGAAAGAAUUAUCGCUUCAGCAUUCAUCAGGAGUUAUUCUUAUCAGGAACAUUUCCUGACAAGCCUCACGUUGUUUAUCAGAGUGAAUGUGAAGCAUUUUAUGUAAAGCGGUUAGUGGGCAUCUUCAGUAGUUCUCAAGACCCUAAAGUUCUACAUGAAGUCCUUAGGGAUUAUGCUUGCCACAUUCAUGUUGGGGAGUCUCAAUGUAAUGAUGUGAAGGUCAUUAAGGUUGUUGCUGAUAUCUUGCAAAUCUGUAUCCGAAAAACCCCUCAAGAUAUGCAUUGUGCAACUUUAUGCUGUAUUGUAUUGCGCAGCCUUUUUGGGUCUCGAUCUCUGUUUGAGAUUGUGAAGAUAAUUCCAGAAGUUUUCACAAUACUACUGCAGUGUAUCCAAUCACAAAAUGGUGUCUUGGCUUACCUAGCUUCACUUGCGAUCAAGAGCUCAUUAAAAUUCUGUGUAGAUGGACCAGUGGACAACUAUAUUUCAAAGUUAGAAUCAGCAAAUAAAUUUGCACUGCUCAAUUUAGAGAAUAUGCAACGAUUGGUGGCUACUCUUCAUAACCAGUCACUUGCAAAGAAUAAUGUGCUUCAGAUUCUAGGCCUUUUAGAGGUCAUUUUUGUGUCUGUGAGCUCAGAUCACUGUGAAAAUGAAUCUCAAAAGGCAUGGUUAAAGGCAGUUGAUGCUUCUAUCGUAGCUGCAGCUAAGGUCAUCUGUGUUCUUUUCAGAUGUCCUAGCACUGUCAUCUUUAAAAGGAAUUCUACGUUGCUGAAGUGUUUGCUAACCAAGACUACAUCAGAAAUUCGUCAGAAUUUGCAAAAACUCUGCUUAAUCCGUGGUGUUGUCUUAAUGCAUUUGAAAAAUGCAUUAUUCUCUGAGAAGGAUGAGGUCUGGACAUUGAGUGCUGACUUGCUGUAUCUCAUCAUAGAAGGCAAUAGGGAAUCCAGAAAACUUCUUGAAUCUGUCAUCCCAAAGGGUGUAAUGCUUUUGUAUAACUCAAGGGUUUCAGACACUUCAUCUGUUCAAAUGGUUGAACUCAGUAAAGUGAGCUCUUCUUCCAUGUGGAUGGAGACCAUAGAAAUUUUGAGAAAAGACACAAUUGCAUCACCUCUCUUGGUGUGGAAUGACAUGAAAAGAAUGGAACUGUUGAAGUUUUUAGAGGAUGAGUUGGAGAGAUUCUACGCUGCCUUGGCCAUCAAUCAUGAUCUGUCAUAUGACAGUGCAGAUGUGGAACUCAUUUACACACCACCGAGUGAAGGAGAAGGAUCUAUUAUUUGUGGAGUACACGUAGAACUUCUUCUUGAACAUUCCCCUUUGCCAUCAACAAAAUUCAGUGCUCUGUGGCAGAUUGAAGAUUCCGUGUCACUGUUUCAGGCAGUGUUCCAGGCUAUGGUAUUGGGUUUCACACCAUUCUUUGGAAACAAUAAUCUGCCUGAAAUUGACCUGCGAUUGGCUGCUCAUGUUCUUACAUGGAUUUAUGAGCGGCAUUCCGAGAAACUGUUUUCAUCUAUUACAUCACUUAAUGUUAUUGAGAUAGUGGUGGGUGUACUACGUGAAGUAAUUGAAAGUGAACAUGAGGUCUUUGUUUUCAAGCUGAUUGCAUUUCUUCUGGCAUUAGUAGAAAUUGGGGGACGAAAUAAUGUUCUUCGUUUUAUCCAUGCUGGGGGCAUGACAGUCCUUGUUCCAUUGGUAGUUCUAUCUUUGGCAAAGUGUUGCAAGGACAAGCACCUAUUUGAAUCUGAUGCAUGGGACACAAAAUCUUUGAAAUCUCAAGGAGCAAUUGAGACAGUUCAAUUUGUUGGAUACAAUGGGAUGACAAAGGCAAUUCGAGUUCCUUCUGGAAGGGCUCGAGAGGUUUUAGAGAAAGCUGUACAGGAUGGGAGCUUGAAUGCACAGGAAGCCAUACAUUGGCAAGAUACUAGUGUUCCAGAUAAAGUUCAACUUGGUCUAGCAUUGGAUCUUCUGGAAGCUAUUUUGAGGAUUUCAGGAGGCGACACCAACGUGGAGAGCUUCCCACCAUCUGCAGCUUGUUGCAGCCUUUCUAGGGAAGAAGUUCUUUGUCAUCUUGUGCAGAUACUUCUCCGGGCAAAGAUGCCAGUUUUCGGGAGACUAUUGGAAAUAAUUUCAUAUAUAUCAAAAGGCAACAGAGAUGCAAGGAAGCGUCUUUUCAAGUAUGGCAUGUUUGAAAUUGUUCUGUGGAAACUACUAGCUGGUGAUAUUUUCGAUGCAGAAAAGAUUAUGAUUAUUAAGUUUCUUCGUCAGUACCACUUGUCACAGGAUGUGAAAUCAACUUUUCAACAGGAAGAUUAUACUCAAACUGAAGAACAUUCUCCAUGGGAUAGCAGUAUUCUUUGUUUGUAUUUGCCACAAGGACUUAUUUUGAAGCUCAUGUCAGAGGAUGAUAGCACAUUCAAGACAAUAUUGGAUUCUGAGAGUAAUGCUCCAGAGGUGAUUUGGAAUUCAGACAUGAGAGAGAGGCUACUGGAGCACCUAACAAAUGUGUUGGAGCCAUAUGUUAAGUUUCGUGCAUCAGAUUCCCUGGCUUUAUAUAUUGACUCUCCAAAGGCUCCCUUGGAGUAUCCUGAGUUGGCAGAAACAACGUUUACUGAACCAUUUUAUCUACAAAAUCUACUUGAUUUGGAGCGAUUUCCAAACUAUCAAAUAAUUGAUCCAGCUGGUUUUCUCCACAGUCUGAUGAAGGAUUUACGGAGAUGUGCAGUAGAUUUACAAAAUGCCAGUACAUCUCCUACAUUGAGCUCUCUAUGGAGGAAAGAAAUACAUCAAAUUCAUUUACUGCUACAGGCUCAGGCAUACUUACUGGACAGGUGUACAGUCAAUUCUCUGCCAGAUGAUCUUGAAUCUGUGGUAAUUAGUUUGGCUACACCUGCUCUCAAGACAUGCCUUGAUCAGAAAGAUGACACACCACAUGUUAUAAUAGACAUAUUACAUAAGACAAGCAAGAUCUUGAGAAGAUUCUGUGCUAGCAAGCUCAGGAGUCUGGAAGUUCCUCAAGCAUCUCUGAGCUUCUCAAUUAGUCUUCUUUCACUUGGAACAAAUUUGGAAAAUGAUUCAAUUUUUCCAGAGUCGAUGUACAACUCAAUUCUUGAAUCUCCGAUAGCAGAGUCUUUACUUAUUUUGGAGAUCCUUUGCUCAACCAGGGCUGGAAGAGAUAUCCUGCAGAAUGACAUAAGAUGGAGGAAAGGCUUGUGGUGGGCUCUGUGUGCUGCCGCGGGAGAUGCUACUGCAAAUCCGCCAAAAGGACCAACAACAACUUCCUUUGCAGCUUUGAGAUGUUUGAAAACUUACACAGAAGAUGAUGAGCACUGUGAAACAAUUAUCAAACAGGGCCUCUAUCUUCCAUUGCUAUUGCUAGCAGUUCCGCCAAAAGAUUCAGCAUUAAAAGCACAUGAUUCCAUGUCAGCUAUUCUAUAUUCUGCUGCAGAUGUUCUUGGAUCAUUGGUCCGCAUGCUUAAUAAAGCUGAACAGUUAUCUAACACAAAACAGCAAAGUGGCAAGUUCAUAUUUCUCAGAAUAAUUCCCCAUCUGCUCCUCCAAUGUUUUGAAGAGGCAGAUGGACCAGAAAAAUUCAUUUCAUUGGUUGUAACUGAUUUUUUCCAACCAACAUCUAUCUGGACCAAGGAUGUUCGAGCAGAAUUAUGGUCAAGAAUCAUUGAUCGCCUAGAACAGCAUAGUUCAAGUUUUAGCACAGAAAAUAAUAUGCCUAAGGAAAAUGAGUUUGAGUGGUUGCAAAGUUUCCAAUAUGAAUGUCUCAAGGAUGAACUUAUCAUUGGUGGUCUAUAUGUCAGAGGUCUCUGCUGUGGUUAUAUAGAGAAUUUUAGUCUACCAGAAGGCCACUCCUAUCUUGAUGCCAUUCAGGAUCAUCUUGAAGCAAACCUUGAUUCCAUAACUAAUGCUGAAAUAUAUGAUGGUCAAGACAGCAUGCUACAAGAAGUGGGAGGAACAUACUUGUCUGUACUCACUGCUUUGAGGAGAUGCCUGAGUUAUGCUGUUAGGAAUGGUAGAAAAGACCUGAUUGAACACUUAAAACCACAAGUGCUUUCAAGAAUAGCAUUGGCAGGUGUUGCUUUCUCAAAUAUCCAAGUUGAAGUAGCUUCAAUAGUCAAGAUAUUAUCAGAACAUCAGUCAGGAAGAGACAUGGUUAUUCAGUCUUUGAUAAUGAAAGCUUUAUCUGUGCAGCUUUGGCAAGCAUCUGGGAAAAGAGGGAAGGAACAAGUUCUAAUGGGUACAUUGGAAGCAGUUGUCUUCUUAAGUGAAAACAUGCCUGCAACCAUCUCAACAACAAAUUAUUUUGCCACCAGUGGAUUGCUUUUACCAUUGCUUGCUUUAUUUUGCAAGGUCAAUUUGCCUGUUCUCUGCAGUUCCGAGGAAAUUGAAGGUACUGAAGUGGAGCCAACUCCUCUUGCUUCCCAGCUGCUGGCUGUCCAAGUUAUUGGGCAGCUAUUGUUGGCUGCCAGUGGGAUCAUCAGACGAACCAAGCUUUUGAAAGAUCUUGCUAACUUGAAGUCCUUUUCCAAUGGUUCCUAUAAGGGGAUAGUAACAGCUGAUGAGAAUAUCGGACAGGCAACAGACAUGUAUGAACUCUUGAAUAUUAUAGAGAGCACAGCAGGUAAAGAAAGAGAAGAACCUAUAGUGAUCAAAACUCUACUCCUCUUGCUGCCACUAGAACUCCUUUCAACAAUUGCCCAUGAUCCAUCUGAGGCAUGUGACAUGUACAAUGGUCGUUUUCAAUCACCAAGGUUUGUUUGGGAUGAAGAUAGGCGCCUUAGAGUGAAGGCUAUUAUCAGGGAAGAGACAGAAAAUGUGCUGAAGGUGGUAGCAAACAAAGGAUUGGAGAGUAUGCCACCCUGGUUCUUGAAAAAACAGCAGCCUGUGUUUUUACAAUGGGUGCUGGUUGAAACUUUUGACAAUGAAAGGAAACCUCUGUACAAGGACAGCAAAGUUGACGGAUAUGCUCGUGAGAUGUAUGUAGGAGGAUUUUACAUAGAUCAGUUCCUCAGGAAUCCAGAAUUUGACUUUGGUACUGCAAUUGAGCAUCGCUUUCUUCAUGAAGUAAGAAAGGCCAUAAUCAUAGGAGCAUCGAAAGAUACAACUGGUAUUGAAGAUCUUCAUUUUGAUGAUAAAAGGCGAUUGCUAUUGUCUUUAUUGUUGCUAUUCAAGCUGCGCCCAUCUUUACUAGCACGUCAAUCAAAUUUUGAUAUAUUUUUGCCAGUGUAUGGAUUUAUAAGCAAUGUCCAGAGCAGUGACCAGAGGCAGCUUGCACAAACUGCCAUUUUGUUACUUCAUUGCACAGUAACGAAUUCUGAUGUUGCUGACUGUAUGAGUAUGGAGGAGUUGAUUUGUAUGCUUGCAUCAUUGCUUGAGUUAAAUGUACCUGAGUCUGAUGCUGGCUUUGCGGGAACAGAUCCCCGAUUAUGCAGCUUAUUGCUCCUUUUACGCCUUUUUCGUCUAAGCUGUAAGGCUGUAAAGCUUGCUAUUCAGUUUGAUGUGGUCCCAAAAUUGAUUAACAUGAUAAAAUUGAAUGAAAGCCCUGUAGAAGGAACCAUUGAUGCAUCUGAUGUAGUUGGGCAAAAAGCAGCAGAAUGCUUGACAGUAAUGUCUGCUGAUAAACGUGAAGGUCAGGAUGUUUUCAACAUUCUGGAUAAAAUUAUGCCUAAAAUUCUGCACGAAAAUGAGCAAUGGAAAGUACCUUUAGCUGACAUUAGGGAUGAAAUGGUUGACUCCAAGACUUUGAGUUAUCUUCUGGUUCAUAGAUGCCCAUCACGCUGGUGGAUAUCAGAUCCCCCAGACCACAGGAAUGAAAAUGGAAAGAAAUAUUUAACCCAGUGACAGUUGUGAGCUUUGACAAAGAUGCCAAAUGUAAGAAUGGUGAUGAGUAUACAUCAAGAUUCAAAAGCUUUGCCAAAGGGAAAUAUCCAUUGUAAAAGCUGCGAUUAAAAAUAUUCCAUGGGAUGAAAAGUCUCAAUGCUUUGUUUGGUUGUAUGGUAUGCAGUCCAUCAAACAAGUUUCAUAGGCCGAAAGACCUGGUAACAUUCACGAUUUUAGGGGUCCAGUGAGAAUAUGGAUCACAUUCUAUGAUAGGGGCAAAUUGUCAAUAGUUGUGAUGAUUAAAGAGUAUAGAAGAUGCUAGGUGAUUCUUUUUGUCAACCCAUAUAAUAAAUAUCUACCAUUUGGAAAGGACAGUCUAUUUAUUAUUAGAAUAUUUGGAUGAGUGUAAUUAUCUUUUGGUAUAUGCUUAUUUACUGAAGGCGCAGCAGUUAUUUACCUCUGCAGUAAGUGUUAAACAAUCAUGAGUUGAUUCUGCAAACUGCAGCAAAUCCCAUAAAUGAUGGAAAUUAAUGACUCCACUUCUCACAAUGAAGCGUUGAUCAUACUACCUUGUUGGCUGAAAAGGUCUUGUGAGAAUUUUUGUUGCUGAUGCUGAUGCUGUAUCAGCAAGCACAUUCAUUACUGUACAUAAUUCUAUUCUUUAACAGAAAUUGUCAAUAUCAUUCAUGCAGUAUGUAACACCAAUUUUAUGUAAAUUUGUGUUCAGCAGAAUUACUGCAAAUGCAAUGUCAUUAAAUCCUCUUCUGUCAGGAAUGCUCUUGGUUUAUUGUUGUUUCUCCAAUUGCUUUGUAAGUCCAUAUUUCUGAAUAAUAAUGACUGGAACCAGUAACUGUCCCAAAACAGUAAAAUUAAUAUGCUAUCAGUACAGAUAAUUAAAACCAUAAAUUGAAAUAUGACAACAAUGAUUAUUAUGUAGUGCAUGAUAUCUGUACCUACAAGUGAGGAAAGAGAUGUUUGCCCACUUCCAAAAAAUAUAUACUUUAUCUACUCAUUGCAAAAUGUGACAAUUAAUGGCCAAAAACAUGCAAUAGAUUGUGCUUAGUUAUUUUA